AUGGGGGUGAAGCUGGGGGGCUUUAGGAAGUGUGCAGGGUCUGACCCCAGGGACAGGGGUGCAGGGGAGGCCCCCACUAUGGCUGCAGUGCUGAGGGAGCUGGGCGCCCUCCACACGGCCCUGUCCCGCCAGGCCCUGCCUCCCAUCCUGAUGGAGCAGGCCUUCCGCCAGCUCACCCACCUCCUCUCUGCUUCUGCCCUCAACAGCCUGCUGCGGCGCAAGGACAUGUGUAGCUGGAGCUCAGAGGACAGACACACACACAUGCAUUUAUGCACACACAGGGCCUGCGCAGGAACAAGUUUCAGUAAAAGAUAUGCAACCAGAUAUCUAAUAUAAAUCUAGACUUAGUUUGUAAAGUCAGUUUGUGUAUAGCGUAGAUACAAGUUAAGUGUUGGAUGAAACUCUAUAAGGUUCAGUCCUUGCGUUCUGCUGUGUUCUGCCAGGUAUAAUGUGAGUCUGCUGGAGUGGCUGCGGAGCCGUGGGCUGCAGGCAGGGGGAGCUGUGGCCAUGUUGGAGCCUCUCACCCAGGCCGCUCAGCUCCUGCAAGUGGGCAAGAAGACUGACGCUGAUGCGCAGGCCCUCGUUCAUACCUGCGCUGCCUUGGUGGUUUUUAAGCUGGUAUUGGUAGGGUGAAAUGUUCAAAUUGUUGCAGAUAUUAAUUCAAUAGAAUAAAACCAAUAUUAUUCUGUGAACAUUAUUGUCUUUGCUAAAGAACCAUGUCCUUUCUAUGCAGUAUAUGUUUAUGUCCAAACUCCUGAAUGUUUCUUCCUACUGAACACACGCUUGCAGGGCUAAGCUUACUGUCUGUCUCUGUUGUGCUACAGAUUGUGACGAUUCUGACCUAGAGGAGAGGGUGACACUCAUUUUUAUCUGCACAGUGCAGGUACUGUACCGUAACACAUACAACAGUAAUGGAAAUACGUCUGCUCAUAAAAUGGCAUAUUGAAAUUUUUAAUUUAUGUUGUGACUGUGUGGUCAUCAUCUCCUCUCUGUUCCAUCAGGGUCAGCCUCCACAGCUGCUGAUGGACAUAUGGCAUGUGUUCCCCUACCUGCCGCCCCAGACCGUCCACGCUGACCAGCUGGACAUCCCAGAUUCCCUCAAGAUGUGUUACUGUGACGGGCCUGAGAGGAAGCAGUAG